UCUGUGUGUUUCGCGUCUACACUGAUUAGUUUGUGGCCGUCUCCAUUAAUUGUCAUCAGCAGCAGCUGUCACUCAUUACACAUUUCCUAAUAUAUUGGCUUGUGUCACAUCUUGUGUUUGUGAGAAUGUUGUUUCAUGUCUGAUCUCUGUCUCUUGCUUCUGUGUUGUUUUGCGUUGGAUGUCGUGUCUUCCCCCGGAACCUCAUCCACUCUUCGCACCUCCACAAGCAUCACGACUUACCUUCAGCUCAAUUCCCCGCAGUUCCUGUGCCAUCCUCUCCUGCUGACUACUCACCGUCACCAUCCGGAUUACUCACCGUCUCACCACCAUCUUGGAUUGUCUGGAUGACAGCCUAAAACAGUAUGUGCACAACUUUGAGAGAGAGAAGAUUAAUGGAGAACAGCUACUGAAGAUCUCACAUCAGGACCUUGAGGAACUGGGCAUUGUCCGCAUUGGCCACCAGGAACUGGUUUUAGAGGCUGUAGAUCUACUCUGUGCUCUGAACUAUGGUGUGGAGACAGACAACUUGAAGAACCUGAUGCUAAAGAUGAGAGCUGUGACCAGCAGCCUUCACACUGCAACAUCAGAACGAAGGAAGAGCCCUACAUAUGAAAGCAACACGUCUAGCAAGCUCCCAAAUCAAUUCCUCUCCUCUGUGGUUGAACUUAUUGGAGCAGCCAAAAGUCUCCUGGCAUGGCUGGACAGAACUCCACUGACAGAGGUCAGUGAUUUUACCUCCACCAAGAACAAAAUCAUUCAGUUGUGUUUGGAACUGACAACUACAGUACAACAGGACUGCACUGUCUAUGACAUGGAAGAGAAUAUUUUGGAUGUUUCAAAUGUGUUGAACAGUAUUUGUGACCAGACUGUGAGAACCACCUCGGAUCCUCUAAUGAGCCACUCAGCAUGUCUGGAAGAAGUUCAGCUGACCAACAUCAAACCAGAAGAGGGAUUGGGCAUGUACAUAAAAUCCACCUUCGAUGGACUUCAUGUCAUCACUGGCACCACUGAACAUUCCCCAGCUGAUGUGACAUGCAAGAUCCACGCUGGAGAUGAAGUCAUCCAGGUCAACCAGCAGACAGUGGUGGGUUGGCAGCUGAAGAACCUGGUGGCCAAGCUGAGAGAGGACCCUAAAAGUGUGGUGCUUCUUUUAAAGAAAAGGCCCACAGGAACCUCAGGAUUUACCCCAGCACCUCUCAAAAACAUGCGCUGGAAAGCACCCGUGCCUCAGAGCUUCACGUCUCCUAGUAAGAGUCAGUCAGACAAUUCUGUCAAACUCUGCAGUAGGAAGGACAAGCCAGCCAUACUGGACCUGUACAUCCCACCACCUCCAUCAGUGCCUUACACACCACGGGAAAUACAGAACAGCUCAUACACAAGCCUUAAUGCCAGACCUAAAGGUUCGGAGUCCCCAAACUCCUUCCUGGACCUGGAGCGCCAACGACACUUCACUAUUGCCGACUAUGACAAACUGUCUAUUCAACCAGUUGAGGUCAAUGUACAGAUGCGUCCUAGAGGAAGAUCCUCAUCACAAGGUAAACCACGACCUCUGUCAAUGCCUUCAGAUACAUGUUUGAGCGUGGCAGACCUGUAUGCAAAGCCCUGGACACAGGGGCAAAAAGGUGAAGAUCUUCUGUACAGAUACCUAAGCAACGAACGCAUACCAACUAUCGCUGAGGAGGCCCCGGGCCCCAGCUCGUCUAACAAGUUCACAGCCGAAAGACCUGCUCAUGGGAUCGACUACUCGAGGAACAGCCGGUUUCUUGUCAGUGCAGAUCUACACAACAGCGCCACCAUACCUUAUCAAGAGGACAUAAUCAAAAAGACCCCCAACCGGCCCUCCGCGGAGCCCUCACUACUGGAUCCCGACUGGACCUCCAACAACGCAUUCAUCAACAGCAGGUACAGCAACGGUGCCAUGCGGUCCUGGUCAUUCUCUCAAGCAGCGUGCUUUCCCAUUUCCCUGGCUCCUCGUAUGGCUUCUGAUGAGUACAAUCCAGUGUCCCUCAGACUGAAGUCAAAGAAGAAGAAUUGUAGAGGAAGUCCUAGAAUGAGCAGAAGGAGAGUUUCAGUGAAAGAUUUGGACCCAGUGGACCAUCAGGGCUGGCUUUAUAGGAAGAAAGAGGGGAAGGGAUUUCUGGGUAUUAAGUGGAAAAAGUAUUGGUUCGUGCUAAAGAGAACAUCUCUGUACUGGUACACAAAUGAAGUGGCUGAAAAAGCAGAAGGCUUUAUAAAUUUGACUGAUUUUGUAAUUGACCGGGCGAUGGAAUGUAAGAAAAAAUAUGCAAUCAAAGCUUGCCACCACAAAGUCAUGAUGUUUUACUUUGCAGCAGACAGCAAUGAGGACAUGAACUUAUGGCUGAAUAAACUUGGUCUGGCAUCUAUUCGGUAUGAACCCACAGAGGCUCAAACAGCUGAAUGCUACAGUGAAGCCAGUGAUCACGAGGAGUCCACUGAAACUCCUCCACCGUGGUACUCCGAGCACUACACCCAAGCUGUAGCAAAUGCCAGUGGUCCAUUAGCCACAGUGCAUCAGGGAAGCAUUCCUCCUCAAUAUUCCUCUCCUGUUCCUGGUGAAACUACUGGAACCCUCUCCUCUCCUGUCAGUACAAUGACAUCCCACAGCUCUGUCUCAUCUCUGGCUAAGCAUAGACGAUCUGGGCUAGACUUUGUCUCCCAGGCAACACCUACUGCUGGUGAAACUGUGGUCUGCUCUGCUUUGGUCCAUACAAUGAGCACUACAAUAAAGGAAACCUCACAACAUAGUGAAACCAUAGCUCCAUCUCAAGACUCCCUUGGAGGCUCAUCCAACACAUCACCUAUGGCUAUAUCCACAGAGCCAGAGGAACCAGAAACACAGCUGAUCUUAACUGACACCAGAUCUGAAAUUCUAGAUGGACAGGAAGGAACUUAUGAUGAGAUGGAAAGAUUGUACUUACAUUUGAAAAGAGCGAGUUUGUCUCCAACGGGUGAGCGGAAGCCAUCAUCAAAAUGGGAAUUACGAGCCUCAUUUAUAAAGCGUUCCAAAAACCAGACACUCAAUGUGAAGAUACAUCUCAUCAGAACUCUCAACAGCACGCUAAAGGCUAAAGAAGCAGAUCUACUGACUUUGGAGCAGGUAGUGGCUGACUCUGCUCUCACUGCAAGUAAAUUCAGGGAGUGGAAAGAGACCAAUGCUGUUCUGCUGCGGGAGAUUAUUCUGAGCUAUUGACUGCCCCUAGUGCCUCAGCUGUGCAUCCCUCAACAUAGAUGUGUACACACAUUGAAAGAGUAUACACAAGAACAAAAACACUGCAAAAAUGGAACAUUUUCAAAUCUGGUCUUGAAAUAAGAAUUCAAAUAAUUUAUCUAAGACUACCAUUACUUUCACUUGCCAUCAUUUUUCUAAUUAUUAUUUAUUUUAUUUGUAUUUUAAUUUUUUUUCUACAAAAGUAAAAUCAGUCUGUUACAAUUAGGUUGUUGUAAAAUCCUUGUUGUUUCUAUUGGAGACCUGUUCAAAAACCUGUGGCAUCUUAUUGAUGUUAAAAUACAUUAUUUUGAAUCAUAUUAGAGCACCAAACAUGUUCAAAUGUUUAAUAUGUGAUUUUCAUUGUUGUUGUUGUUUUUUUCUUUCUUUUCUCAACUUGCAUACUAACCUAAAGUGCUGAUUAUGUGCAGUCUAUAUAGCUUGCCAUGGUUUUAUUAUUAGGGGCAUAGCACCGAAUGGGUGUCUGUGGCAGCCCUAUGACCUAGGAACCAUAAGUAAUGGCACACUUGUAGUGAUGGUCAUGAAUAUUGAUCUGACCAACUCUAUAGCGCCACCACAAUUUCAAAUAUUCACAUUCCCUAAAGUAAACUGCAGCUGUGUGCUAUUUAUGACAUACUGACAUAAAUUUCUAAUAAAUUUCAACGGUCGCUUUGUCACAUCAAGUGUAGACAGACUUUAGCUGUUUGCUUAGGUAUCUUAGCAUUCUAAUCUGGACAACAUGUUAAGUAAUGCUUAUGUGUUCUGUUGAGUGUGUGUCAACUGAUUAGUGCUCUCUGUUAAGCCACUGGUCCUGAAACUUUCAGGUUGUCUGAAUCCCACGUGGCACAUACCAUGCAGUGCUUUUAUAUAGAAUAUCUUAAGAAUGUUUUGUGCUUUUGAGAUGCACAUUGUUAAGCUUUUGACUAUUAAGUGUGUUGUGCAUUGAUGAGUUUGCUGUGAUUGUUAUGCUUGCUGUUUGCAGUAACAGUGGUUGUUAUGCUUGCUCCACCUUCGGGGCUUGGCCCCGUAUUGCUGAUAGCAGCUAUAUUUGUAAAUGCAUCUGUUUAGAUAUAUUUUUAUUUAUUAAAAGUAUGAUGCAACUGUUUUUGUAAGAAGCUUGAAAUUUCAGAAUCACAAGUGUGAGUACUGUUCGUGGAAUAAAUCAUCUUAUUU